AUGCUCAUGGCAGCUGGGCGGUGUGCAGCGAUAUUCGACGGAGUUUCACUGUCUGGAUUCUGCUGCACCUCUUCUUCGACUUCGCACCCUGUUGGAUACCGCGAACCCCGCGAACGUCGUCCAAAGUGCGCCCGUUGCCGCAACCACGGUCUCGUGUCAUGGCUCAAAGGACACAAGCGAAAAUGCGCUUACAUGUACUGCACAUGUCAAAAAUGCAACUUAAUAGCCGAACGUCAAAGAGUUAUGGCAGCACAAGUGGCACUGAAACGAAAGCAGGCUGCUGAAGAUGCUAUAGCUCUAGGACUACGGGCAGUUGCUGGACAACAGCCCACAACCAUGCAUCUGCCUCAAGGACCUCUAUGGCCUUUCGGACGUUUUCGACAGCAUCCCGAAAAGGAAAAGAACGGUCGACAAAGCCGAGAAAGCGAUGCAAACUGCGAAAAACAAAGAGACAUUGGAAGUCCAUCACCAGUGCCAGAAUCCACCACGAACGAUGAAAAAUCGUUGUCGGCCGCUACUGGUAACCGUACGGCGUCGAUGGUAACCGCUGAGAACUGCCUGGAACGGUUGACCCCAAUCGAGCUUUUGCGUUCGUUGUUCGCGGAACAUGAGCAGCGCAUCCUUGAAACGGUCCUGGAAGGCUGUAAUGGAAAUUUGCUGCAGACAAUCGAGUAUCUCGUCUGUGUUCGACAGUUCUCACGUGAACAACAGGCCAGCCAACGGCUCGAGAUUUCUGGCACACAAAAUACAUUCACUGUAAAUAACAUUCUGAGCAGUGCUAAUCCUGUUCAGUGA